GAUGGCUAGCAAAGGUGAAAAUUUAAAUGUCAAUGUGAAAAAAAGACAAAGUAGUUUUUAUCUCACUCGCGCUCGAUUAAAUCGAACGCGCUAAAGUAGAACAGCACAUCAUGCCAAACGGCUCUUUAUGCUAUUCGGCUUAAAAUGGAAAUUGAAGAAGUUUGAUAUACAAUUUCUUUAUUUCUUUUUAAAAUUAGUAAAUACAGUUUGCAAUGAAGACCCAGAUCAAUAAAUCUAAAAACUAUUUACCACUUGUGCAAAAUCGAUAUUCCUCACGUUGGCCUUGAAUAAAAUAUUAAACGUAAUCUAAUUUACUUACACGUGAAUAGAUAGAUUUAAUGAAUGGGUGCUAUGUGUGAAUCUCUGAAUCGCCAUUACUAUCGCUCUUUAUUGUCGUUAGCAAGAUGCAAUAACGUAUUAAGAAGUGCGUAAUAAGUGAAUUGGUUUCUCAAGAUAGUGGAUAUUAAUUAUUUUGUAAAUAGAACGCGGUUUUCUUUCAAUUUUGGCGGGAUAGCUGGCACGUUUCGGUAACGUUGAAUGGCGGUCUGUCAUCUGUCGUCGGUGGACUCGGUGGCCUCAAGUUGAGGCACUGAACACCAAAACUAAGUUCAUGUCUUGCAAUCUCGUAUCUUUAAAUUAGCAGUGCCUUUGUGAAAAUUAUUGUAGGGGUCGUUCGAUGUGGACGUUGGAUGAUGCGUCAGGAGUAGGUGCGUCGGCUAUGGAUGGGAGACGCGUGAGUCCACAUUACGAGGCGGGAUUCGAUUCGUGUGAUCCGUUGGGGUCUGUGUUGUGGUCAGGAGGGUCGGGGCGCUCGGCGGGUCGCGUUCUGCGCCGUCGCUGUCGCAGCGAGGGCGUGGAUCGGUCGCCGUACGAGGAUGCGUCGCGGGAGCCCCUGAAAUCGGCAGACGGGAUUCCGCGGCACCGGGCGCAGCCCAACAAGAGUUUCUUCACGUUGAAUAACUCGCCCGAUAGGUACAACCACGAGUGCACGCUACCAAGAGCGCACAACGGCGACUACCUCAUGGCUCACGAACAAAAUAGACACCAUGGUUACCAGCCAGGUAGAGCCAUGUACAAUCGAACAAGCCCCAUCAGACCUUUAUUGGUGACAACAUUAUCAAAUUCUAAAUUAGAAGAAACUAGGCUGCCAAAAGUAGAAGAACUCAUAGAAAAAUUAGACCAUGACAUGGUUGAAUACAAUGUAAAACAACCUUUAAAAUCAAUACUCAAUAACCCUUUACCAAAGACAUCGCCACCAGUAGGUAUACUCAAGAAACCGAAGGGGCGAUCAUACCAGGAGCCCAGGAGUAGUAGUGGAGUAGAAGGCCGCAGACGACAGAGAGCUGCCAGUGAAUCUGACAAUAUUUAUACCAACUUUAAUAAUCUUGGCUCUCCUAUACCUGGCUAUGAUGGCCGCGUAUCCUACCUUUCAAGCAACAACAAACGUCUCAAGGACAACUCUGGCUGUGGCUACUCGUACGGCACAGCCCUGGCGUCGCUCAGCGCGACUCCUCGUAACAAAAGCCCCACCUUUCCAAGAAGAUGCGCCUGUAAAGACGCACCGCCCAAAGAGGAGACCAUGCACGUGCUCAGGACCACUGCCAUCAACAACGAACAUGAUGAUGUGAACCUACAGCAAUCGCCAACCCCCACUUGUCCGGCCGUCAGCCCGGCCCUGCCGGUGAGCUCAGUGACCUCAAUGCCGGUGCCGAAGAAGGUCGUUAAGACCGGCAAGAAGAAGGUCAAGUCGAAGAAGGUCAAAGUUCCCAAGGUCACUCCUACCGUGUGCAAUCAUGGGGAAGAUGAGGCGGACGACGCCCUCAGCCGCUCCCCCUCCCCCGACGGCCGCAUGGACGGAGCCUGGCAGAUGGAGACGGACAUCAUAGACGUGCUGAAAGAGAAACCUCCGCCCAAGCCAGACUCCGUCGAGAGCCCGCCGUCCGCGAAGCUCACCCCGAAGACCAACGGGGUUAGCGCGCCGAAGAAAGUUCUAGAAGCGAAAGCUCCAGAAAAAAAACCUCCCUUCAAAGAGGACAUGUUUUUCAUCGCUUUGCAUACGACAAAUCCCUUCAAAUAUGUUCCGGCUCGUAGAGAAUCACCUCUCUGCAUACCCGACACAGCAUCAAACUGCCUCCGUCAGUCGCUCUUUCCCCGCGUGCCGCCUUACCUCAAAUUCGUGAAUUACGACGAGGCGACGGUGCAGAGGAUCCCCGCGCCCAUACAGAAGCACCUCAAGUGGAAGCUCACCAGUAUCACACCUAUAGUCGUCAAGAAAACACUUACCAAUUCGGGCUUCCGGCUGGUUAAGAGCGAGUGUGACACUUCCGAAUGUCCACAAGAAGAAACGGUAGAAUGGAUCGGCAUAUGGGGCAAACACAUGAAGUCUUUAAUGUUCAGGGCGAUAAAAGACGGCCAGAAAAUGAACCACUUCCCAGGCACCUUCCAAAUCGGCCGCAAAGACCGCUUGUGGAGAAACCUGCAGAAGCUGGUGGCCAAGUUCGGCGACAAAGAGUUCGGUAUUAUGCCCAAAACGUAUGUCCUGCCACACGACUUGAAGUUAUUGAAGUAUGAUUGGGAAAAGUAUGCAGCUAAUAAUGAGAGGUGGAUAAUCAAACCGCCUGCAUCUGCUCGCGGCACCGGCAUCAAAGUGGUUUCCCGCUGGACGCAGAUCCCCAAGAAACGGCCGGUGGUCGUGCAGCGCUACGUGUCCAAGCCGUACCUCAUCAACGGCAACAAGUUCGACAUGCGGCUCUACGUGCUCGUCACGUCCGUCCACCCGCUCAGGAUAUAUUUGUUCAAGGACGGACUCGCCAGAUUCGCGUCAGUGAAAUACAACGAUGAGCUGACGUCACUCAACGAUAGGUACAUGCACUUAACCAACUACUCCAUCAACAGACUAUCCAAGAACUACACGCCCAACGAAGAUUUCGCGGCGUGCGAGGGCCACAAAUGGACGCUUCAAAGCUUGUUCCAAUACUUGAAAACCGAGAAGAACGUGGACACGGACGCACUAUGGAACUCGAUGAAGGACCUCGUUAUCAAGACUGUGAUCUCUGGCGAAGCUAGCAUCAGUUCGCUGACGAAAGCCAACACCACGUCGCGGUACAACUGCUAUGAGCUCUUCGGGAUCGAUGUGUUGCUGGACGAGGAUCUUAAGCCGUGGUUGUUGGAGGUGAACAUCUCGCCGAGCCUGCACAGCGCGUCGCCGCUGGACACGCACGUGAAGGGCCCGCUGGUGCGCGCCGUGCUCAACAUCGCGCAGUUCCAGGUGCCGCUCAAGGUCAACCUCGACAUGCUCUCCAAGGAGCGCCCGCACAAGCUGGGUGGAUUACCUUACGACAGCAGAUUAUACACGGUGUAUUUGUCUAAAGAAGAGAGAGAUAAGCAUAUUAUUUACACUAAUAUGGAAGAAAGAGAUUUGUACUUACGCGACAUCCUGUCGACGCUGACGCCCGACGACGUGCGACACCUCAUCCAGGCGGAGGAUGAGCUCACGCAGUCCGAGGACAUGGAGCGGAUAUUCCCCACGAAAAACACCAACCACUACCUCAACUACCUCAGCGGGCCGCGCUACUACAACCGGCUCUUUGACGCGUGGGAGACGCGGUACGGCAACAACAGGGAAGCGGGUCUGCUACUCCUCCGCAACCUGUGCGACAUCGGCUACCACCUGGAGGUGCCGCCCGUGCCGUUGAAGCGAGCGGCCGUGGUGCUGAGCGCGUUGGAUCGUUGCAGAAUGAUGUCGACGCUCCGUCGCCGCCGCCCUCCGAGCGGGCGUCCGUGCCCUCCUGCGCGAGCCCCUUGGCCGAGAGCGGCUCCGCGGGCUCGCUGGCCCGCUGCGGCGACGCGCUGCUGCUCCGCCCCGCGCCGCAGCAGCUGGAGCCGCGCGCCUAGCGCCCCGCCGUGUUCGCGCAGUGCCCGCGCGGCCGCUACCGCCGCCUCGCCGCCUGCCGCCAGCCCGCCUGCGAGCCCGGCUGUCGAUCUGAACAGGAAUGUGCGCUCUACCGGAGCGCCGUCGCCAAGUCCGAAGGUGCCCGGCGUGCCCGCCGAGACCGCCCCGACCGCCCCGCCCGCCCGGGCGCCGACCUCAUACUCAUCUUCUUCAAUUUCGCCCGCGCGUAGUGCGCCGACGGAGUGUGGACUCUGAGCCUUCGACGAGAGAGCUUAAAUUCGUCGUUAGACUUAAAUUAGCCGUGUAAGAUUUCCUUUUAGAUGUGUCGUAUUUUCGAUCGAGCUCCGGUUUACAUUCCUGUCUUAAAAAAUCUCUCAUCCCUCUAUUUAUAGUGUAAAAAAUUAGAAAGUUAAGAAUAAAAAAAUCGUAAAGUACCUUAAUGCCCGUAUCCUGUAUGAAAAGACAUAGCGUAGGUUGUCUGUUUAGAAUGUAAUUAAGAAGAAAAUAUACCUGUAAGGCUGAAGGCGCGUAUGCUCGUACUGGCUUGCUCAUUUUUUGUAGAGCGACGUCCGAGCUCAGAAGGGUACCCAUACGAAACCUACUUCUAAAUAAAUUUCUAUGAAAUUGAUACCCGUAGGCUUGUACUGAAGUUAUUUUCUAUUAAAAAAUGUCUAUAUAUAGUGGAUGUGAAUUUAGAAGAACUUCGUGAUUUUAAAUUGAAAAAUAAUGAGAAAAUGAUAGAUGGUAUUUUCUAAAUUACGAUGUGUUCACUGUUUACCUAGUGUUGCUAGAGUAGAAAUUCUCGGGACGAGCCCGGACUUAUUUGAACCGUGUUCAAAGUAUGCGAUAGAUCGAAAACCUAGAGUAAAAAGAGAAAAAUUGACGGAUACAAAUUAUUGGUAAACUUCAUUCCUUUUAUUUGGUUUUUGCUGUUAAUUUAUAAAAAAAAAAAUGUAAAUCAAAUGACGAAAUUAGCAAAAUGUACUUCGUAUGUAAUAUGAUCCGAUGAUAACUGUUAAUGAAAUUUAAAUUAUUCUUGAUAAUUGUAAUUCCCAGUUUGUUUUUAAUUCAACUACGACAUAUUUCAUGUUGUUUUGACAAUUUUUUUUUAUGCUUAAUCUUAUUACAAGCAAUGUAAUUUAUUUUUUGUAAUAAAUGUUCGGUUUGUAA